AUAAACUCAAAUUGCUCAAAAGUCAUUUUUGAUAUCAUUUCUUCAGAAAUGGUCAGAAAUUAAAAUUUGAAAAUAUUCACUCAAAAAAUACUAAUAAAUAUAAAUGAAUCACUUUAUUUCUAUGUAAAUGUGUAAUUGUUUCAUACAAAUAUAAAUUUCUUUACAAAAAUUAACUUAACUGCCAAGCCACAACGAAGCAUUCUGUAUUACAAUGUCCAGCGAAACCCCAAAAAACUUUUCUAAUUUGGAGACACCCGGCUAUGUUGGGUUUGCAAACUUGCCCAAUCAGGUGCACCGAAAGUCCGUAAAAAAAGGGUUUGAGUUUACCCUGAUGGUGGUAGGGGAAAGUGGGCUUGGAAAAUCAACCCUUGUUAACUCUCUGUUUCUAACAGAUUUGUACCCUGAGAGAGUUAUCCCUGAUGCAAUAGAAAAAACAAACCAAACAGUGAAGUUAGAUGCUUCAACUGUUGAGAUUGAAGAGAGAGGUGUCAAACUACGACUUACGGUGGUCGAUACACCUGGCUAUGGAGAUGCAAUUGAUAACACAGACUGCUUUAGAUCAAUAAUACAAUAUAUUGAUGAGCAGUUUGAGCGGUUUUUACGUGACGAGAGCGGUCUGAAUCGACGUAAUAUUGUCGAUAACCGCAUCCAUUGCUGCUUCUACUUCAUCUCUCCAUUUGGACAUGGCCUCAAACCUCUAGACAUAGAGUUCAUGAAACAGUUACACAACAAAGUGAACAUUGUUCCUGUAAUCGCGAAGGCCGAUUGUCUGACAAAGAAGGAGGUUCAGCGACUCAAGAGCAGGGUAAUGGAAGAGAUUGAAAGAGAAGGGAUUAAAAUCUACCCUCUGCCUGAUUGUGAUAGCGACGAAGAUGAAGAUUAUAAAGAACAGGUGCGACAGCUGAAGGCCGCGGUGCCGUUCGCGGUGUGCGGCGCGGGGCAGCAGCUGGAGGUGCGCGGGCGGCGCGUGCGCGGACGCCUCUACCCCUGGGGCGUGGUGGAGGUCGAGAAUCCCGAGCACUGCGACUUCAUCAAACUGCGCACUAUGCUCAUCACUCACAUGCAAGACCUGCAGGAAGUGACGCAAGAGGUGCACUAUGAGAACUACCGCUCGGAGCGACUGGCGCGCAACGGACAGAUUCCCAAGCGGCACACAUCUACAGAGAGUGGACUGAGUGAAUCAGACUCGGGCUUGACUAACGGAUCCAACGAAGACCCCACUGAACGUGAACGCGCACUACGUGAAAAGGAGGCGGAGUUGCGUCGCAUGCAAGAGAUGCUGGAGCAGAUGCAGCGCCAGAUGCAGCUGCAGGCGGCCGCGUCCACCACCUCCGCAUAGUGCAGCCGCGCCCUGCAGCUGGGCACUAGUAGGGCGGUUCAGCUGUCGGAGGCAUGCGACGUUGUGAACUCCAUACUGCGAGUCAUACCCUACUGCGUCACUUCCACUUGAAAAUACACGUUGCCAACUCAACAUCUAUAGACCUCCUCGAUUCACUUGUUACAACGAUCCCAAUAGAAAUAUUAUAAGAAGGCUCGGACAAACACAAAGUGCGACGGAAACUGCGUACCAAGGCCGAGUAAUAUAAUGCGUACAUUUUGAGAAAGGACUCGCCAUAUUUGCAUCAAAUCUUACUUUUGACAUGAUAGUUGACACAAAGCAAAAUUUAGUAUGGCGAAUCAUUUCUCGUUUUGUAUACAAGGAACUGUAUGAAGCACGUGAUACUGCAAGUGGUUGUGAACGUCUUUCAAACACUUGCUUGUAUAACAACUUCUAGUACCUGUAUGCAGCCUUAGUAUAAGAUUUUACAUAUCAUUGUUGGAAUAAUGUGAGCAUUGAAAAUACUUUGCUUUAAAGCUCAAGUUCAUUCAAACAUCUACAAUAGGCGCUCCAAGCGGAAAAAUUGUGAAAUGAAAAUAGUUAGUACUGAAAUUUGACCUUAGACCUUCAGGUCCAUUUCAUUGUGUCAUUACUAUGUUUCUUUGCUCGAGUUCUAUUAACAUUGAUGAGAUGUUAAAUCUUAUACUAAGAAGACUUACAGGUAAGUCAAAAGUGUAAAAUCUCAUACUGUGGUAAGUAGGACUGCAUUAGACAUGCUUUCGUCGCCCGUUGUGUAUUCCCAGGCCUCGAAUGACGAUAAAAUAAAAAUUAUUAAAUUCUUCGUUAUGAGUAUAGUCCAUACAAAAUGACUUCUCACGCGCCAU